AUGGAGGUGGAGGAGGAGGAAAGAUGCUCUCCACACGAUCAUGUGGAUCGGUGUGUUCCCGAGAGCUUCUUUGAUCGCGUAACGCAAGGGUUACGCGACGAUCUCGAACAUGAGCGGGAUAGGCGUCUUCAACUGGCGGACACUGCCUUGAAGCAUCGACCUGAGUUUGCCUUUGCUCAGCUUGAGAACGAGAGAGCUUUGACAUCUCUUCGUGACGAGCUAAGGGUAGCUCGUGGGAUUGUUGAUCGGUCUCGGGAUGAGAUAACUGCUCUUCAGACCCUUGUCGGUGCCCACCAUCGGGAGCACAAGGCUCUCUGCGAGAUGCUUGAGCGCGAGGGCGUUCUUCAUCGGAAGAAGCAGCGUACUGAUGGUACGGCUUAA